CGGAGGCGCAGGAGCAGUCGCCAUGCGACGAGCGCGCGAUGUGGUCGUCGUCGCGACGUUGCUCUUCGCGACUGCUGAUGCCGUCGUCGGCGAUCUGAAGACCGAAUCUGAUGACGACACCGUUAGUGUCUAUCGCAUUUUGCCGAAGAAUGACACUCAAUUUCAAGUCAUUCGACGUCUUUAUGACAAGGCUACCGAGCUGGAGCUAAACUUUUGGAAAACCGCCAAGAAUCUCAAUGGAUUCUGGGAUGUGAUGGUAGACAAAAAAGUCAGCAAGGAUCUAUUGGCGCUGUUGCAGAAACACGACAUUGCCUAUUUAAAGACUAUAGGAGACGUUCAAAAGCUCAUCCAAACAAAGGAGCACCGAAAACGACCACGGCGAUUGAAAGACGAAUCAUCCGGGCCGUUCUACGACUUUCACCGAUAUGGUUCUUACAGUCAAAUGGUGUCUUGGAUGCGCGCCUUGGCAAGAAACGACCCGCAGCAUGUUCAGUUUAUUUCCAUAGGCACUUCACACGAAGGGAGAUCUAUCGAUGGUCUUGAGAUUGGAAGUCGGGAUCGAUCAAGGCGCAUUUUCUGGAUCGAUGGAGGAAUUCAUGCUAGAGAAUGGGCUGCACCGCAUACUGCGCUUUACUUUAUCCAUCAGCUCACCUCACGUUACGACACGGAUCCAACCAUCAAAAAACUGCUUGAAGAGAUCACAUUCGUCAUCGUCCCGUGUGUAAAUCCGGAUGGUUACGAGUUCACGCGUUCUUCUACAAAUCCUCACAUACGAUUGUGGAGAAAGAAUCGUUCGACAAUGCAAUGUCACAAAGAUAGUUGGGGACGAAAUCGUUGCUGCCGUGGCGUUGAUCUGAAUCGCAAUUUUGAUUUUCAUUUUAAGGAAAGCGGAUCAAGUGAUGAUCCAUGUUCGGAGAUCUAUCAAGGGACUGGACCCUUCAGCGAACCAGAAACGAAAGCUAUUCGCGAUGCAAUACUAUCACGGCGAUAUAAGGGACGGGUUGAUGCAUUUAUCACUCUGCACACUUAUUCUCAGAUUUGGAUUCAUCCCUAUGGUCAUCGCAAGGACAGCUAUCCAGGCGACAUUCAAGAGCUUUAUGACGUUGGAAAGAGGGCAGCCAAGGCGUUGCAAGAUGUCUAUGGUACUAAAUAUGUGGUUGGAAGUGGAGCAGAUACUCUUUAUCCUGCAUCUGGCGGUAGUGAAGAUUGGGCAAAACAUGCUGGAGGAGUCAAAUAUGUUUAUCUUCUUGAGCUUCGGCCUGACGAGAAGAAUUGGGAUGGUUUCAUUCUCGGUGAAUCUGAGCUCGUACCAACUGCCAGAGAGACAUGGGAGGGUGUCAAAGUAGUAGCUGAAGCUGUACUGGAACGUGCAAAACAUAAGUCUGAAAGAGUUGUGGAAGCGCCAACAGCAAGAAAAUUCCGCUUCGGUGAUGGCACUGAAGGAUCAUGCUAUGAUUUGCGCCAUGCCUGUAAACGUUGGGUAGCCGAAAGACCGGAACUUUGCCGAACAGUGCCAAUUUUCAUGCGCGAAAACUGCGCCUACUCUUGUGGAAAAUGCUAAUUUUUAUUGAAGAAACUCUGAUCCAACUAAUUACACUCAGUCUUUUCUUAUGAAAUGCAUCUCAUGUAGUUCGGCAUCUGAUCUUUACCUCCUGCCCAACUUUUUUGUCGUUUUUACCAGCUCAAAUGCGAGUACACUGCUUGUUCACCUUCAGGAGCUUGUGUAUGACAUUACGCACAUGUUACGUUUUCUUUUUAUUGUAUAUAUUUGUUAAUGAACC